CCCAAGCUCCUCCUCGAGGUGUGGCACGUGGACGCGUGGGGCCGGCGCGGCCUGUCGGGCUACGGCGUGUGCCACGUGCCCAGCGCGCCCGGCUGCCACCGCGUCACCUGUGUCACCUGGCGGCCGCGGGGCACGCGGCGGCAGCGGCUGCUGGGCACGGGGGGACCCGAGCUGCGCGUCCCCGAGGUGGCGGCCACCGCCGCGGGGGACAGGUUCCGGCUGCGCACCGAGAGCGCCGGCCGCGUGUGGCUGCAGCUGGGC